UUUUAGUUUUCCCUGCACCAUUAGUUGGGUUUGUUGUGUUUCACAAUAUUAUAAUAUAGACAGUGUCUGCCACACAGAUGAUUGGAUAAUCAUUAUUACAAGACAGUGUAAUUGAAUAUUAAUUUGUGUGGUUUUAUUUCGAAAUCUCUGUCGAAGCUGUUUUCCGUAUUUGCUAUUGAAUAGUACCUAUAGUCUGUAUUCAAAUUAGUUUUCAUUUGAAUUAAAAAUGCUUUCACUUUUCGGCUAUACACUACAGCGUAGUGUAGUCAUAAAUUCAAUUUCAUUUCCUGUUGGAAAAAUCUUUAAAUUUGUUCUAGACUCCCCCAUCUCCUCUAAACCUAGCCAUUUGGUCAGAGCUGCUAUUUUGGUUGACCCAAUAAUUUCAAAACAAUAUCGAUAUUUUUCGUCAGAUUCUCACAAUAAUAUGGAAAAUAAAACGGAAAAAAUGUCUGUUGACAAGGAGGAACUUAGAAAACGUUUAACACCUUUACAAUAUCAAGUUACACAAGAAGCUGCAACCGAACGACCUUUUACAGGCUGUUACAACAAACACUAUGAAAAGGGUGUUUACCAAUGUAUAGUAUGUCAUCAGGAUUUAUUUAGUUCGGAUACAAAAUACGAUGCUGGUUGUGGUUGGCCUGCUUUCAAUGAUGUCUUAGAUAAGGGCAAAGUUACUUUACAUCGUGACGCUAGUAUACCAGGGGGUAAUAUUUUACUACUAAUUAAACAUCCAGAACGCAUACGCACAGAGGUACGCUGCGCCAGAUGUAAUGCCCACAUGGGUCAUGUAUUCGAAGAUGGUCCCAAACCGACACGCAAACGUUAUUGUAUUAAUUCGGCUGCCAUUGAAUUUAUCUCAGCGGAGCAGUUGAACAAAGGUGUGGUCACAACGGCUAAUGUUAAUACAGCAACUCCAAUUGCUCAACAAUAACAGAGAGCUUAAUUAAUUCUUGUUGUUUUUUUGAUUUUCAAAAUAAAACUUAUACAAAACCAAUAAAAUAUGUAAUACUCAAAUAUGUACGCAAUCUGCAAGUACAUAUUUGUGUCCCUGAGGCCAAUUAUAUUUAUAUAAAACAAUUUUUUUGUAAUUUGUUUUAUAAUACCAUAGAUAAAAUGCUUGAAUAAUGUCAAUUUAAAUUCUUAGCAAUAACAAUAAAAAUUAAAAUUAUUAUUUAAAAUAUUCAUUGUUAUACUAAAAAAAGUAAAUUUAUGUAAUAUGUAAUAAUAACAUUAUUUGAAUUUAUGUUUUUAAUUGUUCUUAAAUAAUUUCAGUGUAAAUAGCAAAUAAUAAUAAUAAAAAAAGAAGGCAAAUAAAACAGAACCCUUAAAUUGUAUUGUUAUUAUCUGUCACAUACACUUUCUUUCCUUUUUUUCAUAAUUUGUUUAAUAAAUUCUUAUUUAAAAUAUUUCCAAAUGUAUGUUUAUAUAUUUAAUACCCAAAAUAAAAUUGUAUUUUUAUAAAUUUAAACUUUUAUCUAAAUAAAAA